AAAAAAAAACCUACCUAACUAUUGGCAUCUUGUAAAAGAAAAAAACAAAAGAGCAAUUUUAUUCUCCACUGUCAAUCCAUUCUCACAAAUCUCCCAUUUCUCACAUGGCUAUUUCAUGUCUCUGUUCUCCAAAGUCUCUAACCAUUUUAGUUCUACUCAUAGCCAUACCAAUUGGGAUAAUCAUAUCACUAGAAAGAACACAACCACAAACACACGUCUACCACUAUCACAGCAACGGUUGGUUCAGAGAAUGUGCUAAAUGGGAUUCUGAUAACCACCGUUUCAUAACCUCCUUCUUUGAAGGCGGUGUCGGUCAAAUUACCGUCUCUAAAGAAAAGGAUUCUUUGUCGGUGUUGAAAGAAGUGAAAUUAGUAGAAGAAACAGAAUUAAUUGGAAAUGCUUCCUUAGGGUUGACUAUUGACCGGAGUAGGAAUCGGGUUUUAGUGGUAAACGCCGAGGUUUUGAGAAACCGAUAUGGUUCUCUUGUUGCUUAUGAUCUUACUUCAUGGAAACGCCUCUUUCUGACUCAACUUUCUUCUCCUAGUGAUGAAAAAUCCUUAGCAGACGAUGUUGCAGUUGAUGCAGAAGGCAAUGCUUAUGUUACUGAUGCAAAAGCAAGUAAAAUAUGGAAAGUUGAUGUUAAUGGUAACCUUGUAUCAAUCAUUAGAAGCCCAUUGUUCACUCCAAAAGAGUGGCACAAAACAUUGGUUGGCCUUAACGGAAUUGUAUACCACCCAGAUGGAUAUUUGAUUGUGAUUCACACUUUGAGUGGUAAUUUGUUCAAAAUUGAUUUAACAAAAGGUGAGGAAGUGAGGAUAAUAAAUGUUGUUGGAGGUCCACUUUAUUUUGGAGAUGGUUUAGAGUUAUUGUCUCGUGAUAAGAUUGUAGUGGCUGGAAAUCCUUCUGGGAGAUUAGUGGAGAGUUUAGAUGGUUGGAAUACAGCUUCUGUUGUGGCAACAUUUUAUGGGCCUAGACAUCGUUUGGCUACAGCAGCUACUGUGAAGGACGGAAAAGUGUACCUAAACCAUUUGCUUGGAAUUGGAUAUCCUAAAAAGAAGCAUGCUAUUGUUGAGGCAGUUUUUUAAUUCAUAGUAUUCUACUUUUCAUAAAUCUGAACAGAUUUGGUUGAAAUUUGGUGUCUGUUUGCUUAUUUAUUUCGGUUUUGUAACAUUUAUGGAUAUACUUUCUAGAAAUAUAAGCUCUGUUUGGUGGAAAUUUAGAUCCUAAA